UUAAAUUUUUUUUUAGCAUGAUGGAAGACUUCAGAAGAGUAAAUUGUUUGGCUAUAGAUAGUAGUAUAUCAAGUAAAAAUGCCUUUGAAUGGUACGUAAACAACUUUCACGGCGAUGGGGAUUCUUUAGUUAUAAUGCAUGUUCGCGAAGUUUUAAAGAAACCACUAAUAGGACCAAUGGGUGUAAUGGGCGGCCAAGAUCUAUUUGAUAUUUAUCAAGAAACAGUAGAAUAUAGUCUUAGGUGUGCGAAUGAUUUGCUUAAAUACUAUACAUCAAUUUGUGAAGAAAAAAAAAUUGAAUGCGAGUCUGCAAUUGUGGAUGAUUACCACGGCACUGGAUAUGAAAUUUGUGAACUAGUUGAAAAAUACAUGGGUACUAGUGUAAUUUUAGGGCGUAAAAGUCCUGGAAUUAUUCAUCGAUUUAUACUCGGUAGUACUAGUGAUUAUGUUUUACAUCAUUCACGUGUUCCUGUGAUUGUAGUUCCAGCUGAUAAAAAACAUCCUUAAAAAGCAAUUAAAAGUUCUUCAUGAUUUUUACUUUUUACAUUUAAUAAUUGAAAAGUUUUAAGUCGUUGUUGUAGAAUAAGUCAUUGUUUAACUGUUUUAUUUUAAUAUUCUUUAAAAAAAAAUUAAA